GCUUCCCCGGCGCCCAGAACGACAAGACCAUCAUAAAAUUCGACAAGUUCGCGAUGGCGGAUCGAAACGGCUGGUACAAGGACGUAAAGUACACUCUGAAGGGCGAGGACGGAGCGGACAUCAAAGAGAAACGGCCAUGGUUGAUAGUGGACGGCGGAUAUCACAACUGGAAGCAGCUCCAGAGUCCGAUCAGGGCGCCAUCAAGCAAGGCCGAGUCAGGGUUCAGUAGACAGCUCGAGAGCGUCCGCAAGGACUCGGAGUGCUGCUUCGGCGUCGUUAAGGGGCGGUUCAGGAUCUGCAAGAUGCAGUUCCUCUACAGGAAGAAAGAGAGGAUCGACAACAUCUUCUUCACGUGCAUCAUACUGCACAACAUGCUUCUCGCCUACGACGGGAUCGAGCUCUUGGAGCCGGACUGCGACUGGGCCGGAGCGGACGGCGACCUCGACAAAAACAUCGAGCACCCUGUAGUGCGGAUGAGUGCGCCCACGCACGAGGAUGCAGUCGUGGAGUGUGAUGACGGCUUCGACGCAUUGAGGCAGAAGUUGGUGACCAACUUCGCUUACCGAUGGGGACAGGGGACCGUUGGGUGGAAGAGGUCGUGGUGA